AUGUUGGAUUUUUGUUUGGUGUUGUUCCAGGAAACGUCCGAUUCGCCGCACGUUGUCGCCGCUGGCAGCAUCUCGGUUAGCGCUGGCGGUGGCGGUGGUGGCAAUGUCGCAUGUUCCACAUCGGCUGCUGCCGCUGCCGCAGCGAUUGCUGCGUCGGCCGCCUCCACCUCACACAGUCUUGACCAAUCGCAAACACCGCCGCCCCUCUAUCAAUGCAUAUAUUGCGGCCACACAUUCCAGCACCAAAGCAAGCUAACGCGACACAUACUCUCGCAUUCGCUAAAAACGCUGGAGUAUCGCGAGACCGCACAGCAUCCGCUCUUGCAUUCGCAUUUGCUGUCGCACGACCUCAAUUUGGCGCAGUUGCCACAAUUUACCACGUACCAAAUGAAUGCUGCCGCAUUGGCGGCCAGCGGCGCCGAUACUCAGGAACAACAAGCAGCUGCCGCUGUUAUGGCUGCCGCCAUGGAGCUGGCGGCCACAUGCGGUAGUGUUGGUGCGCGUAGCGCACUCGAUCUCGACGGCAGUGGUGGCCGACUUGGCCAUGGUGGUGGUGUGGGUGGCGGUUCGGCUACGGACAAUUGCGGCAUUGGUGGCACGUCAGCGGGUAGUGGCGGUAUGGUAUUGAGCGGCGCUGGUUCGUCGUCUUCUUCGACAUCGGCAGCGGCGGCGGCAGCGGCCGCAGCUGCGUUGGCUGCAUCGUCGUCGUCAUCGGGCGCAUUGCUGGGCGCCUCAUCGAGUGGCGCCGAUCCGAAUGGCGUUGUGCUGUGCAAAUUUUGUGGCAAAAGUUUUCCCGAUGUCCACGUGUUGAUCGGCCAUCUGCCGGUGCAUACGGGCGAACGACCGUUUAAAUGUGAAUACUGUGGCAAGGCGUUCAAGCUGCGCCAUCAUAUGAAAGACCAUUGUCGCGUCCACACGGGUGAACGUCCCUUCCGUUGUCACAUGUGCGGGAAGACCUUCUCACGUUCAACCAUACUCAAGGCGCACGAGAAAACCCAUUUUCCCAAGUAUGUGCGCAAAUUUCUCUCACCAAGCCCUGUCGACACAAAGGAUGAACUACCACAAUAGUGAAGCGACUUUAGCUUGCUACUAAACUACUACUAUUAUUAUUACUACUACAACUACAACAUACAGGAUAAUAAUAAUUAUAAUUACUACAACUGACGAUGAGCGAUCGUGAUCUAUACAUAGUUAGCGGUGACCGACCGCAUGUAAGAUCAUGAUCAAGACACCACGAAACAGGUAGGAGGAGGAGUUGAUACUGGAGAUGAUGCAGCUGAAGCGGUGCCGACUUUGCUGAAAACAAACAUACAUAUAAAGUAAUCGAUGACAAACCUCGACGACAAAGAAUUUCGUGGCUGAGCGCCGAGAGUGCUGCCACUUAAUAAUUUAUUUAAAGAAUACAAAAACUAAAAGAAAGAAAAACACUAGUAAAACUAAAAGUCUGCCUGAGCAUACAAACAGCAGCAAUUAUAUACUUAUCUUAUACAUAUUUGUAACGUAAAUACAUACAUAUAUA